AUGGACCCAUUGUCAAUAAUAGCGUCUUCCUUGACCCUUGCGACUGCUACUCAUUCUGCGCUGAGAUUCCUAGUGCAGCUCUACGGAGCACCACUGGAGCUUUGCGCUCUCUCAAAUGAGGUUACUGAUCUCAUAGUCGUACUGGAACAAGUCCUUUUGUCUUCAGCCUAUACCCAGAGCCCCUUGAACAAGACAAUUAGCCUGGACCACAUCGCACAAUCAAUUACUACCAAGUUGUUAGAGAUCAAGGAAAGCGUCGACAAAUGGAGACACAUCCGACAGAAAAGAACUCUACGGAGUCUCGCUGUUACUCGUAAAAUUAAUGGGUUUCGUACUGCGUUGCAAGACAUACGAAUGCAACUAGUCACGUUCAUUUCGGCAUCAUCAGUGUAA